AUGGACGCUGCCCGCGCGCCUCUCCCAGGCUCAGGACUCUCGGGGACCAAACAAGCCACACUGGAGCCCCGAAUGCGCCCCUUCGACAGGCACAGUGUGGGUGUCUAUCGACUGGCUUGUUCUUUAGGAGGAUCCGAUGGCACCAAAGCUUCCCCUUUUCUCCCGGUCAUUUUCCCCUUCUCAGCCACUUGGCGCAUGUUUCCAGCAAUGAGAGUGAAGAUCUCUGGAUUAGAUCCUCACCAGCAAUAUUACAUUGCCAUGGAUAUUGUACCAGUGGACAACAAAAGAUACAGGUAUGUUUACCACAGCUCAAAGUGGAUGGUGGCAGGUAAUGCUGACUCCCCUGUGCCACCCCGAGUGUACAUUCAUCCAGACUCGCCUGCCUCGGGGGAGACUUGGAUGAGACAAGUGAUCAGCUUUGACAAGCUGAAGCUCACCAACAAUGAACUGGAUGACCAAGGCCAUAUUAUUCUUCAUUCUAUGCACAAAUACCAACCACGAGUGCACGUCAUCCGUAAAGACUGUGGAGACGAUCUUUCUCCCAUCAAGCCUGUUCCAUCCGGGGAGGGAGUAAAGGCAUUCUCCUUUCCAGAAACUGUCUUCACAACUGUCACUGCCUAUCAGAAUCAGCAGAUUACUCGCCUGAAGAUAGAUAGGAAUCCAUUUGCUAAAGGCUUCCGAGACUCUGGGCGCAACAGAAUGGGUUUGGAAGCCUUGGUGGAAUCAUAUGCAUUCUGGAGACCAUCACUACGGACUCUGACCUUUGAAGAUAUCCCUGGAAUUCCCAAGCAAGGCAAUGCAAGUUCCUCCACCUUGCUCCAAGGUACUGGGAAUGGCGUUCCUGCCACUCACCCUCACCUUUUGUCUGGCUCCUCUUGCUCCUCUCCUGCCUUCCAUCUGGGGCCCAACACCAGCCAGCUGUGUAGUCUGGCCCCUGCUGACUAUUCUGCCUGUGCCCGCUCGGGCCUCACCCUCAACCGAUACAGCACAUCUUUGGCCGAGACCUACAACAGGCUCACCAAUCAGGCUGGUGAGACCUUCGCCCCACCCAGGACUCCCUCCUAUGUGGGCGUGAGCAGCAGCACCUCCGUGAACAUGUCCAUGGGUGGCACUGACGGGGACACCUUCAGCUGCCCACAGACCAGCUUAUCCAUGCAGAUUUCAGGAAUGUCCCCCCAGCUCCAGUAUAUCAUGCCAUCACCCUCCAGCAACGCCUUCGCCACUAACCAGACCCAUCAGGGUUCCUAUAAUACUUUCAGAUUACACAGCCCCUGUGCACUGUAUGGAUAUAACUUCUCCACAUCCCCCAAACUGGCUGCCAGUCCUGAGAAAAUUGUUUCUUCCCAAGGAAGCUUCUUGGGGUCCUCACCGAGUGGGACCAUGACAGAUCGGCAGAUGUUGCCCCCUGUGGAAGGAGUGCACCUGCUUAGCAGUGGGGGUCAGCAGAGUUUCUUUGACUCUAGGACCCUAGGAAGCUUAACUCUGUCAUCAUCUCAAGUAUCUGCACAUAUGGUCUGAUGAAGCCUUUAAGUUAAAUGACAUUUGAAUCUGUCUAAUGUAUUUUCUUUUUCUUUUUUAAAAGCUAUGUGGAAACUCUCUGUAGUUUAUAAAAUGUACAUAUAAUAGAAAAUGAAGGCUCACUGGGUUUUUUGACUUUAUCAUGGUGAGAUUGUAAUUAUCUAUGGUAUAUAUGUAUGCUGUAUAUACAUAGCACAUGGAGUAUCACAGC